AAAUUUAAACAAUAAAUACCGUUUUGUGGCUCUUUAAUGUGUCAUGACAGAUCACUGUAGUGCCUCAGUUCAAGCGGCUCGUGAACCGAUCAUCUCUUCCUACUAGUUAAUUUAUAGCAUCAAAUAAACAUGAAUGAACAUCAGAAGGAAUGUUGUUUCAACCGCGGAAAGACGUCAGUACACACCAUUUUUCAAGUUCAAGUCCACAGAUGUUAAUCUACUCACUCCCCUGACUGCUUUGUCGGACAAAAUGGCGGAUUUGGUGUUAUGACUGGUUAGAUCGCCUGUCAGUCAAACUCCCGGCGAAGGGUCACUUGCUAAUGUUUCCUACAAUUUUAUUGGGACAGCAAGUCUGCUCCGUUAAAGGGAUAGUUCACCCCAAAAAUGACCAUCAUGCUGUUCCAAACCUGUAUGUGUAAUGAUGGGACGGCAGAGCGGGGAUCCAUUUGCAGCUUUAUUGAGAAUAGUCACCAAGGCAGACAGGGGCAAAGGCAAAGACAUAAACGGGACAGGCAAUGGUCGAGGCAGGCAGCAGACAAACUGUAUCGGGUCACAGGCGGAGAUCAGGGCAGGCAGCAAACAAUCACAGUCCAGUACACAGGCAAGGUUCAGGGCAGGCAGCAGAGAAUCACAACGAAUAAACAAUCCAACGGUAACAGGGUAAACAGUCCACAAGAAAACGCUCAGAGUUGAUCACCGGGGCAAAUCAAGACUUCGCAAAGGGUGUGUGUGUGUGUGUGUCUUAAAUAGUCCAGGUAAUGAUCUGCAGGUGUGUGUGGCAAUUGGUGAUUGGUGCAUGUGAUUGGAAGGGAGGAUUAUGGGAAGUGGAGUCCAGGAACUGACAGGAACAGACAGUGAUCGUGACAUAACGCCCCCCUUCCGGAAGGCGCGUCCUCGCGGCGUACAUGGCACAGAUAGGGAGGGGGGGUGGGUACAUUGGAGACCUGUUGGCAGACGGGAACGGGGUCUCCAAUGCAGGUCCAGGAACUCGGGCAGCCACGGGGGGUCAGGUGCCACGGGCAGCCACGGGGGGUCAGGUGCCACGGGCAGCCACGGCGGGUCAGGUGCCACGGGCAGCCACGGCGGGUCAGGUGCCACGGGCAGCCACGGCGGGUCAGGUGCCACGGGCAGCCACGGCGGGUCAGGUGCCACGGGCAGCCACGGCGGGUCAGGUGCCACGGGCAGCCACGGCGGGUCAGGUGCCACGGGCAGCCACGGCGGGUCAGGUGCCACGGGCAGCCACGGCGGGUCAGGUGCCACGGGCAGCCACGGCGGGUCAGGUGCCACGGGCAGCCACGGCGGGUCAGGUGCCACGGGCAGCCACGGCGGGUCAGGUGCCACGGGCAGCCACGGCGGGUCAGGUGCCACGGGCAGCCACGGCGGGUCAGGUGCCACGGGCAGCCACGGCGGGUCAGGUGCCACGGGCAGCCACGGCGGGUCAGGUGGCUUGGGCAACCACGGCGGGUCAGGUGGCUUGGGCACCCACGGCGGGUCAGGUGGCUUGGGCAACCACGGCGGGUCAGGUGGCUUAGGCGGCCACGGUAGUUCACAGGCGGUUGAAGACCGUGGGCGUGUAAGGUCCCCACCCGCAAGCUCAAGCAAUUCGGAGGCCGCUGAUGAUCGCGGCCGUGCAGGGUCCCCACCCACAAGCUCCCCACCCUCAGGUAUAUGGCCCCCCCCAAAAAAGUUCUUGGGGAAUUCAACGGAGGCCGUGGCGGUUUCGUGGGUAAGGAGCUCGGGUGGCGCCGGCAGGGCGAGGAGCUCGGGUGGCGCCGGCAGGGCGAGGAGCUCGGGUGGCGCCGGCAGGGCGAGGAGCUCGGGUGGCGCCGGCAGGGCGAGGAGCUCGGGUGGCGCCGGCAGGGCGAGGAGCUUGGUGCCGGCCUCCGUGGCUGUAUCAGGAAGAGCGGAUUGCUCUGGGACGGCAGCGGACUGCUCUGGAACGGCAGCGGGCUGCUCUGGGACGGCAGCGGACUGCUCUGGGACGGCAGCGGACUGCUCUGGGACGGCAGCGGACUGCUCUGGGACGGCAGCGGACUGCUCUGGGACGGCCUCCGGGCCUACAGCGGGCUCUGGGAAGGCCUCCGGGCCUUGAGGGCUGGAGGAAGCCUUCUUCCUCCUCCGUUUGAAUGGUUGAGGCGGUGGCUCUGUGCCUACCUCCUCGGUGGGCGCUGCAGCGGGCUCACGGGGUGGAGCGGACUCACUGGCUGGGACGACCCCUAUGUUCCCAGACACUGGCGGGGCGGCCAUCUUGCCCGUGGGCACUGGCAAAGCAGCCAUCUUGUCCAUAGCAUCCCGAGAGGUUGAGUGCGUCGCAACCGGCGAGCUUGAGGGUGUAGCAACCGGCGAGCUUGAGGGCGUAGCAACCGGCGAGCUUGAGGGCGUAGCAACCGGCGAGCUUGAGGGCGUAGCAACCGGCGAGCUUGAGGGCGUUGCAACCGACGAGCUUGAGGGCGUUGCAACCGACGAGCUUGAGGGCGUAGCGGCCAGCGGGCUUGAGUGCGAAGCGGCCGGCGGAGGCUUAGGAAUGCCAGCCGCUCGUGCUGAAGUCAGCGGUGGAUCAGCCACACUGGAACGCAACCCACCCUGCUCCCAAACAGAUCCAGAGACGUAACGUGACUCUAGAAGAACAGCGGGGACAUGACGUUGUUCUGGAAGAUCAGAGGAGACGUGACUUGGCUCACGGAGGUCAACUGUGACUUGACUUGGUUCAGGAUAAUCAGCGCUGACUUGACUUGGUGUUGUUAUUAUGGUGGCCGCCAUUUUGUGAGCGUCAUCUGGCGCGGCGGCCAUUACGUGAAUGGAUGAAGUGUCGCAUUUCUCCACGACACCCACAGUAAAUGGAGAGCCAACAGUCAAUAAAGCAUAAUCCAAAAACAGACUUAAAGAUGAACGGGGUCCCUCACGAAUGAGUUGUUUUUUAAGUGGCUGAUUGAUGCCCUCACAGAAAAAGUCUAUGAGCACGCAGUCCGGCAGAUCUGACCAAUAAGCAAUGUUCAAAUAUUCUGUGAUAUAAUCCUCUAUCGAUCGUGUGCCCUGCGUGAGUCCUAAUAACAAUUGUGCGAUGUUCCUACCGGGCCAUUGUUCUUCAGGAAAGCCGCUGGAUCCAUGUGUUGGCAAAGUCUUCUGUAAUGAUGGGACGGCAGAGCGGGGAUCCAUUUGCAGCUUUAUUGAGAAUAGUCACCAAGGCAGACAGGGGCAAAGGCAAAGACAUAAACGGGACAGGCAAUGGUCGAGGCAGGCAGCAGACAAACUGUAUCGGGUCACAGGCGGAGAUCAGGGCAGGCAGCAAACAAUCACAGUCCAGUACACAGGCAAGGUUCAGGGCAGGCAGCAGAGAAUCACAACGAAUAAACAAUCCAACGGUAACAGGGUAAACAGUCCACAAGAAAACGCUCAGAGUUGAUCACCGGGGCAAAUCAAGACUUCGCAAAGGGUGUGUGUGUGUGUGUGUCUUAAAUAGUCCAGGUAAUGAUCUGCAGGUGUGUGUGGCAAUUGGUGAUUGGUGCAUGUGAUUGGAAGGGAGGAUUAUGGGAAGUGGAGUCCAGGAACUGACAGGAACAGACAGUGAUCGUGACAGUAUGAUUUUCCUCUCUGUGGAACACAACAGGAAAUAUUUUUAAAAAUGUACUGGUGGUUCUUUUCCAUGGAAUUACAAUGAAUUAGGACUGAGGCUUCAAGCUUCACAAAAGGUCACAAAAGCCCUGUCAUUUACUCACCCUCAUGUUGUUCAAAACCUGUAUUACUCUCGUUGUCUGCAUGAGGGUGAGAGAAUGGAUUUUGGGUGGAUAAUUUUUUUUAAUUUUUUUAUACUUUAUUAUGUCUUUCAAUUCAAGCAUAUUUAAUACAAUUAUACCAAUAAACAUCUCCUUUAAAGACAUACUAUUUUUUACCAAUAAUUAUUCCUCAUUUUUCAUUCUACUUUCUCUUCCUUUCACUUUUUCUUUUUCUUUUGUGAUGAUACCCAUCACCAACACAAAAAAUAAAU